UGUAUAAGAAAUUUAACAUUUUAUUUGUUUCAUAUAGAUAAUUUACACAGGAGCAUUUUAUAUCUAGAAACUGCAAUUGCUAAUACAAUUGUGGUUAAAAUAUAAUUUGAAAGUCUUACUGUAGUAUCCUUAUAUAUGUUACUAUGGCAACGAAACAAAAAAAAUAAUAGUCAUUCGAAGUACAAUCGUAAUCUUUUCUUUUCCUGCUAAUAAUGCUUUUAUUGUUGAUUCUGUGUUUUAUGUCAUGUAUAAACAUAACGUUACAAAGAAAUUUAAUCUAUAUAUUUUUAAUUAUAACCAAAAAAUGAAUAGAUACACUAUUAUCGGUAAAAUAGGUGAAGGUGCACAUGGUUUAGUUUUAAAAGCUUCUGAUAAUGCAAGUCCUAUUCCUAAAAUCGUAGCCUUGAAAAGGAUAUUACUAAAAAGAAUCGAGGAUGGUAUACCAGUAUCUGUAUUACGAGAAGUCAAAACCUUGCAACAAUUAAAACAUCCAUAUAUUGUUGAAUUACUGGAUGCUUUCCCUGCUGGUUUGGAUUUUGUUAUGGUCUUCGAAUAUAUGCCUUCAGGACUUUGGGAGAUGUUAAAAGAUUAUGAUAAACCAUUAAGAGAUUCACAUAUAAAAAUCUAUAUGAAAAUGCUUUUGGAAGGUGUCGCGUAUAUGCAUUCGAAUAACAUUAUGCAUAGAGAUUUAAAACCUGCUAAUUUAUUAAUACGUGAAGAUGGUAUUUUAACAAUAGCUGAUUUUGGAUUAGGCAGAUUAAUGUGGGAGAAUAACAGCCGUCCUUAUUCGCACCAAGUUGCUACAAGGUGGUACAGAGCUCCGGAGUUACUGUACGGGGCAAGAUUUUAUUCCUCAGCUAUUGACUUAUGGUCAGUCGGUUGCAUAUUUGGUGAAAUGCUAAAUAAUUCCCCACUUUUUCCUGGAGAUAGCGAUAUUGAGCAAUUAGCAAUAGUAUUAGGGCACCUCGGCUCACCUACAGCAGAAUCAUGGCCAGAAUUAACCUCUUUACCCGAUUAUAAUAAAAUAACAUUUCCUUAUAAUAAAGGAAUAUUGUGGGAACGUAUUAUCCCUGAUGCUCAACAAGAAGCUAUAGAUCUUAUUAAGUCUAUUUUAAUAUAUGAUUCUUCUAAGCGAUUAACAGCAGAAGAGGCCCUUAGACAUGAAUAUUUUUAUACUAAACCAUAUCCAUGUUCAAAAAUGCAAAUUAUCAUACCACCAAAUGACCAUCGUGUUCGGCUUAAACCCAAAGAAGUUAAAACAAAUGUUAAAUCAACUACUUUGUUCAAAAAUUUAUUAAAUAUCUUAUAA